AUGGGCUUCACAUUCUGGCUACUGAUAUUUAUAGCGUCUGGUCAUUUGUCUCUUACGCAAUCCACUUAUAGGAUGCAUGUGGCGCCAAGUCUGGCUCCAUCGAUGAAUUCAAGGUCUGACGGGAUGACUAACGCACUGGACGCUUGGUAUUUGAAUGCACCCUAUCAUGAUGGGACAUUUUUGACCACUGAUCACCACUCAGGGUCAAGCCGCAUUAGAGUAGACCUGUUCGUCACAACAUCCAAGUCAUUUAUACCUAGUUCCUCACCUUUAUCGACACUUCGUCCAAGUUUCCCGUCUCCUAUAUAG